CGGGAUUCUCCCUCUGCCCCCCCAUUCUCACCAGGACCUUUCAGCGUUGCCAUGGCGACGGCAAAAAGGAAAAGGAGGCCGACGAGACCAUGAGGCGAACAGGCAGGAGCAUCUGAACUGGGCUGGGGGGGGGGCAGCAGCCAAGGCCAGGACCCUCCCCUGGCUGCCGCACUGGAGGUGACCCCAUACGUGGGGGGCCGGAGGCACUGGCGGAAAUGGGACCCCUGCUGGAGGAGGACAACAGCCAGGGGGCGGAGGUGGGGGCCGAGCCGGCGGGCUGGGGGGCCGCUGCGCAGUGGGGAGCCGAGGAGCUGGACAACGCGGACCCCGUGCGAGUCCUCACGCUGCCACUCCAGGCCCAGCAAGCCAUGGGGCGGAUGGAGGAGUUUGUCUUUAAGGUGUGGGAGGGGCGCUGGAGGGUCAUCCCCUACGACGUGCUGCCCGACUGGCUGAAGGACAACGACUUCCUUCUCCACGGGCACCGCCCGCCCAUGCCCUCCUUCCGCGCCUGCUUCCGCAGCAUCUUCCGUCUGCACACCGAGACUGGCAACAUCUGGACACACCUCAUCGGCUUCCUCUUCUUCCUCAUCUUGGGCAUUGGCUACCUGUUCAGCCCCAACGUGAAUUACGUGGCCCCUGUCCAGGAGCGUGUCGUCUUCGGAAUGUUCUUCCUGGGGGCCACCCUCUGCCUCUGCUUCUCCUGGCUCUUCCACACGGUGUACUGCCACUCGGAGAGAGUGUCCCGCACCUUUUCCAAGCUGGAUUACUCGGGCAUCACGCUGCUGAUCGUGGGCAGCUUCGUGCCCUGGCUGUACUACUCUUUCUACUGCUCGCCCCAGCCCCAGCUCAUCUACCUCAUCAUCGUCUGCGCGCUGGGCGUCACGGCCAUCACGGUGUCCCAGUCGGACCACUUCUCCACGCCCCAGUACCGCGCUGUGCGGGCAGGCGUGUUCCUGGGGCUGGGGCUGAGUGGGCUGGUGCCCACCCUGCACUUCCUGCUGGCCGAGGGGCCGGUGAGGGCGGCGAGGGCUGGGCAGGUGGGCUGGCUCUUCCUCAUGGCGCUGCUCUACAUCCUGGGCGCGGCACUGUACGCUGCCCGCGUGCCCGAGCGCUUCUUCCCCGGCAAGUGUGACAUCUGGUUCAACUCUCACCAGAUCUUCCAUGUGCUGGUGGUGGCGGGCGCCGGCGUCCACCUCCAUGGGGUCUCCCAGCUCCAGGCCUUCCGCUCCUCACUGGGGGGCACCUGCACCGAGAGCACUGUGCUGUGAGCCAGCCCCCCCGACCCACUGGAUCCCGCCUCAGGAGGCAUGGCCCCGAGCGACCAGAUUCCGCCCUAGGAGGCGUGGCCCCAACCACCAAGCGACCAGAUCACACCCCAGGGGUCAUGGCCCCGGUCACCAAGCAACCAGAUGCCACUCUGGGCACCAGGCGAGCAGAUCCCGCCCCGGACUCCGAGUGACCAGAUCCACCUAGAGGGCAUGGCCAUGGGCACCGAGCGACCAGAUCCCACCCAGAGGGCGUGGCCGUGGGCACCGAGCGACCAAAUCCCAUCCCAGGAGGCAUGACCCCAGGCACCUAGUGAUCAGAUCCCACCCCAGGUGCUGAGUGACCAGAUCCCACCCAGAGGGCAUGGCUGUGGGCACCAAGCGACCAGAUCCCACCCCAAGGGCAUGGCCAUGGACGCUGAGUGACCAGAUCCCACCCAGAGGGUGUGGCCGUGGGCACCAAGCGACCAGAUCCCAACCUGGGUGCCGAGUGACCAGAUCCCACCCAGAGGGCGUGGCCCUGGGCACCAAGUAACCAGAUCCCGCCCUGGGAGGCAUGGCCCUGGCCACCAAGCGACCAGAUCCCACCCCAGGCGCCGAGUGACCAGAUCCCACCCAGAGGGCGUGGCCAUGGGCACCGAGCGACCAGUACCAAGCAACCAGAUCCCACCCUGGGGGGUGUGGUCCUGGGUUUUGAAUAACCAGAUCCCACUCAGCUGAUCACAUGACAGAAGACGGGACCUCAGAUGACAACUGACCAAUUGGCCCAUUAGGAGUGUGGCCUCAUUCCCUGACCAACCAAUCACGCCAUGGAGGAGUGAUAUCAGAUCCUGACUGACCAAAUUGCCCUGAAUGGGGUGAGAUCUAAGAUUCUGACCGACCAAUCACACCCCAGGGGGC